UAGGGUUUUUAGCUCCAGUGGACAGCAGCGUCUUCUCCGGCGACAAUCCCGCGGAGCUCCGGGCCGCCUGUGGUGAGUGAUUGCUCAGCAGAUUUGUCUCCUGGAUCUCGCGAAAUCGGCAAAGAUCCAGGGAUUUCUUCGCAAUGCUGGCUCUAGAUCUCGAGAGCGCCAAUCCGGAAGCUAGCAGCGCCUCCAGAACGCAGCGAUUGAAGCUGGGGAGCGUGAAAUUCUGCUGCGCGGCAUAGAUUCUGGAGAGAUCUCUCAGCGGCGAGAAGGAAAGAAUGCGGUUGGGGAGCAUUCUAGUCUUGCUCACGGUGUGGAGAUUUGCGCUGGGGCAGCCAGCGGGAGGAGACGAUGCGCAAUGCCUCCGCGGCCUCAAGAUGGGAUUCCAGGACGUCCAGCGCUCUCUCUUCUCGACGUGGAACGACUCGACUCUCCAGAAUCCAUGCUUCAAGCAAUCCUUCACUUCGCUCACGGGGGUCAAUUGCAACGACAACAAGGUGGUCUCCAUUUUCCUGGGGGGAAGAAUGCUUGGCGGGACGAUCUCUCCAGCGAUCACCAAUUGCUCCAACUUGAACACGCUGGAUCUCUCGGACAACCAGCUCACAGGGGUCAUUCCAUCGCAGAUCGGCCAGCUUAACAUCCUCGCGAAGCUGAACUUGGCCAACAACAGGCUGGGUGGUGCCAUCCCGGAGAGCUUGGCAAACUGCACGUACCUGAGCGUUUUGGAUCUUCACAAAAACGCUCUCACCGGACAGAUCCCUGUAAGUCUGGGGAGCCUCCAGCGGCUCAACAGCUUCGACGUUUCAUACAACGAUCUAUCAGGUCCCAUUCCUUACGCGCUCGCCAACACCUCGGCUGGGAUACGUUUCAAUGCUUCAGCUUUCGCUGGGAACAAACACCUCUACGGGUAUCCUUUGCCCGAGCCCAAGCCGAGGAACCUCUCCAUCCUUGGGAUCGUGGGAAUUGGUCUGGGGAGUGGGAUGCUGAGCUUGAUAGUGAGCUUCACGGCUGUGUGCAUAUGGCUGCGGCUGUCCGAGCAAAGGCUUGCAGCGGAGGAAGGGAAAAUCUCACAGUUGAUGCCGGAGUGAGAGACCGAUCCAUUUCGGGGAGGAGAGAAGAAGCAAAGGAAGUAAAGUGGUCUAGCGAAGCUUAGAAGAAAUCAAUAUCCUUGUCUGACAGAUUUUUCAGAAUAAGAAAAGUUAAGCUUUUUGUUCUGGAUUC